AUGCCAUGCCCUCCGCCACCGCCUCCGCCGGCCGCGGAGAUUGAGGAAGCCGGCCCAGUGGCCCCUCCACCGCCACCUGCGGCGGCAGUGGAUGCUGAUGCGGUGCGGUGGCAUGGCUUGGCAGGCGCAAGCAUGGCCUGGGCACCACCCCGUAUGGCAGCGCACAGCGAAAGUGAGGCACGGCCUGGCUACGCGGCAUACGAUGCCUCAGAGUACCUGGACGAAGCACACGUACUUCAGGAGAAGGUACGAAUGCUCGCAGACAUGUGGAGGCGCGGUGGUGCCGACACAGUGAUCUACACUGGCGCAGGACUGUCCACUGCUUCAGGCAUUGGGGAUUAUGCCUCCAAGGCAGGCAGCUCCGUCGCACCCCACAAGAAGAUCGCCUCCACUGGCAGCCGACUGGAGCUCUCCCCUACUUUCGCGCACCAUGCGCUUGCAGCUGUGGGAGAGAAAGGGCUCAUUGGAAACUGGGUUCAGCAGAAUCACGAUCGCUUGGCUCAGAAAGCAGGCUUCCCGCAGGCCAAACUAAACGAGAUCCAUGGUGCCUGGGGCGACACCAAGAAUCAAGUUAAGAUGAUGGACGAUACCCUCCGGCAUGACCUGCUUCAAUGGCUGCUGGCCUGGUCCCUUCGCGCUCGGCUGUGCGUCAGCCUCGGAACAUCCCUUUGCGGCAUGACCUCGGAUGAGAUCCCCAGCGCGGUGGCGGAGCGCUAUGCGAAAGGCGAAGGCGAAGGGCUGGUCAUCAUUGGGCUGCAGAGGACCUUCUACGAUGAGCGUGCGAGUCUGAGAAUUUGGGGGCUCUGCGACGAAGUGAUGAGGCUCCUGGCAAAGGAGCUCCGUUGCAAGGUUCCGGACUCCAAGGUGGCCCGGCGAGGCGAGGAGUGGGUGAGCACGCACCCCAGGCUGACCUACAACACUCCCACAAGGUCGGCAAAGGAUCCCAUGUGA